AUAGGUGUCAACUGUCGGCUUGUCUAUAGCUGGAGAUCACAUUCAUCUCUGCAGCCCUCCCAUUGGUGGACAAGUUUGCUAUUUGUCUAGACUGCAAGCUAAACAACUGUGGCAUUGAACUGUGAGCUGAGACUGUCCAGGAAGACCUCUGCACUACAGUCAUGUUUCUGUACCUCCUUGGGCUGGUGGUCUUCUACUACCUGUACCGCUGGGUCAAGGAGCUACCCAGGAUCUCAGAUAAGGGCAGCAAGUAUGUUUACAUCACUGGCUGCGACAGUGGCUUCGGUAACCUCCUGGCCCGCCAUCUGGACAAGCAUGGGUUCAGAGUCAUUGCCUCUUGUUUCACUGAAAAGGGGGAAGAGGAUCUGAAGAAGUCCUGCUCCAGCAACUUGAUCACGACUCACCUCGACGUCCGGUCCAAGGACAGCAUUGCUAAAGUUGCAGGAAUGAUCAAUGACAAAGUCGGGGAACGCGGCUUGUGGGCUGUGGUGAACAAUGCAGGCGUUUCUGUCCCCUCCGCCCCCUGUGACUGGCUCACCAUUGACGACUACAAAUCCAUGCUGGAUGUGAACCUAAACGGGGUCAUCGCAGUGACCCUGAGCGUCCUGCCGCUAAUUAAGAAGGCUAGGGGAAGGGUGGUGAAUGUAGCCAGCGUGUUCGGUAGGAUCAGCGUCACAGGAGGCCCGUACACCAUCUCCAAGUACGGUGUGGAGGCUUUCAAUGACAGUCUCAGGUUAAAUAUGGAGCCUUUCGGCAUCAGAGUCCUCUGCAUUGAGCCGGGCUUCUUCAAAACAAACGUGACAGAUGUUGGUAUUCUGAGCAAAAAUGUCAAAACCCUCUGGGAGAGAAUGCCCCAGCAUGUCAGAGAUGACUACGGCCCUGAAUAUCUGCAGAAAGCUUUAGACGUAAUAGCAGAGAAAGUCGAUAAGAUCAGUGAUGGAGACCUGAUGAAGGUGGUGAACUGCAUGGAGCACGCUGUAGCCGCUGUCCGGCCCCGUACCCGUUACUCUCCAGGCUGGGACGCCAAGCUGUUCUGGCUGCCGCUCUCAUACAUGCCAAGCUGUGUCAGCGAUUACAUCAUGAGCAGAGAGCUUAUUCCUAUUGCCAAGCCAAAACAAUGAAGUUGUUUUUUUAAGUGAUGUGUGCACAUUUGUAUGCUGUUUAAACAAUCCAGUAAUAUGUCAUUCACAACCAAAGCUGUAUGUCUGUGCACUUUUUGUUACCAACAUUAAAAAAACACACUAUAAACAGUU